UGGAGCUGAGGCUGAAUCGAUUGUGGAAUGGGCUGUGAAUUAAAAUUGACUGAGGAGGUGAUUUGAAUGAUUAAUCGUAUUACUCCUAGGUAUUACCUACGACAAGAAGGCAUAUGUGCUCCGAGCCGCUUGAUUUCCGACUUUGGGUGCUCAGUGUGACAGUCGGUGUUGAAGAGUCUAUUCCUGCACUGCAACAACAUGGGUGUGAUUGGCGUGCAACUGGUUGUUACCAUGGUAAUGGCCAGUGUCAUUCAGAAGAUCAUACCUCACUACUCCUUCGCAAGAUGGCUACUCUGCAGUGGCAGCCUGCGCUGGUACCAGCACCCCACAGAAGAUGAGCUGAGGAGCCUCGCCGGGAAGCAGCAGAAAAGCAAGAACAAGAAGGAGAGGAAAUACAACGGUCACAUAGACAACAAGCCACUCACCAUUCCCAAGGACAUCGACCUGCAGCUGGAGACAAAGUCCAUCUCGGAAGUGGACACAUUAGCCUUGCACUACUUCCCCGAAUUCCAGUGGCUGGUGGACUUCACAGUGGCGGCCACGAUAGUGUACCUCAUUACGGAGGUCUACUACUGCCUGGCCGAGCCCAGCAGUGAGAUGAACAUCAGUGUGGUGUGGAGCCUGCUGGUCCUGGCCUUUGUGAUCAAGGUCCUGUUCUCGCUCACGGCUCACUACUUCAAGGUGGAGGAGGGCGGCGAGAGGUCGCUCUGCAUCACCUUCGGCUUCUUCUUCUUCGUCAAAGCCAUGGCCAUCCUCAUCGUCACCGAGAACUACCUGGAGUUUGGGCUUGAGACGGGAUUUGCUAACUUUUCAGAAAGUGCUGUGCGGUUUCUGGAAAACCAAGGACUGGAGUCGCAGGGUCCCAUCUCCAAGCUGACGUUCAAGCUGAUCCUGGCCCUGCUCUGCUCCCUGAUCGGGGCCUUCCUGACCUUCCCCGGCCUGCGACUGGCCCAGAUGCACCUGGACGCCCUCACCCUGACCACGACCAAAGUCACGCAGACCUUGCUGCAUAUCAACUUCCUGGCCCCGUUGAUAAUGGUUCUCCUGUGGGUGAAGCCAAUCACUAAAGACUACAUCAUGAACCCCACUCUGGGGAAAGAGAGUGUGCCUUUGAUGACGGAGAGCACGUACGACACGCUGAGACUGUGGGCCAUCCUCCUGCUCUGCGCUCUGCGUCUGGCCAUGAUGAGGCAGCACCUGCAGGCCUACCUCCACCUGGCUCAGAAGGGCGUGUCCCAGAUGAAGAAGGAGGCGGGGCGAAUCAGCACCGUCGACCUGCAGAAGAUGGUGGCUCGCGUGUUCUAUUACCUGUGUGUGAUAGCUCUACAGUACAUGGCCCCGCUAGUCAUGCUGCUACACACUACCCUGCUGCUGAAAACCCUGGGUGGUCACACCUGGGGCGUGUACCCUGAAGAGGAGCUGCCGUGCACUGUGAACUCUGACCCCGUGCCGGCGGCCGCCCCCGCCCCCGCGCCCUCGCUGGCUCCCGCCUCGGUGGCCCAGCUCUCCGUGGCCCUGGGGGGCCUCAGGAACGUUUUCAGCCCCCUGCUCUUCCGCGGCCUGCUGUCCUUCCUCACCUGGUGGAUCGCCGCCUGCCUGUUCUCCACCUCUCUCUUCGGACUCUUCUACCACCAGUAUCUGAUGGCCGCGUGAGGGCCAGGUGCUCGGCCCGGUUCCGCCCGGUUCGGGCCGGUUCGGCCGGGUGCAGAAAGACAUCGGCAGCUUCAUCGUCUUCCUCACUCGCGGCAGAGCCUCCUGCCUCCUCUGCUUCCUCGCUCCCUCCAUUUUGUUUUCUUUUGAGAAUAUGACUCGCUGAACUUCAUCAAGAGCACAGCAAAAAUAUCUGUGUAGACGUGGAUGGGUGUGCAUAUACACUCACUGAGCACUUUAUUAGGAACACCUGCGCACCUACUUAUUAGUGCGAUUAUCUAAUCAGCCAAUCGGCAGCAGUGCUAGGCACACAAUCAUGCAGAUACGGGUCAGGAGCUUCUGUUAAUGUUCACAUCAGCUGUCAGAAUGGGGAAAAAAUGUGAUCUCUGAUUUCGACCGUGGCAUGAUUGUUGGUGCCAGACGGGCUGGUUUGAGUAUUGAGUAUCUGCUGAUCUCCUGGGAUUUUCACAUACAACAGUCUCUAGAGUUCACAGAGAAUUGUGUGAAAAAUGUAAAAACAUCUGGUGAGCAGCAGUUCUGCAGGCAGAAACGCCUUGUUAAUGAGAGAGGUCAGAGGAGAAUGGCCAGACAGGUCAAAGCUGACAGGAAAGUGACAGUAAUGCAAAUAACCACACACUACAGCAGUGUUAUGCAGAAGAGCAUGUCUGAACACACAAUGCGUGGAUAGGCUUAAAGUGGAUAGACUACAGCAACGGAAGAUCAAUAAGUAAAAAAAAUAAGUCUAAAUUACCUAAUAAAGUGCUCACUGAGUGUAUACACUAGCACUAGUAUUUAGUGUAGGUGAUAUACGCUUUGCUAGUGUGUGUGUGUGUGUAUACAGAGCACGUAUAUAUACGCGCACACAAUCAAUCGCUCACAAACACGCCUAUGGUCUUGUAUGGAUGAGCAGUGGUGGAUUCUGGGGUUUGCGGUCCGGAGGGAGGAGGAAGGAGCAUAGGCUUAAACAAACGGACAGAAGGGCCGGGGGACUCGGGCUGUACUGGACUACAACCGCCUGGGGCAAGAUGUGGAGCGAGAUGGAGAGAGAGAGAGAGAGAGAGAGAGAGAGUG